AAAGUUUAUAAUUUAUAAUUUAAUAAAAUUCAUACUCUGAAGAAACCAGGCCUUAAGCGGUGUUCUGGCCGACACUCCCUGUGUGAAUCCGGUGAUAACACAGAACCAGUGCAGAAUCCAAGUCGGUUUAGGAAACCUCCCUUACAUUAAUGGUCCUUCGAGCCGGAGACUGGAUUGACAGCAGUGAUGGAAUCACAUCCAGAGUAUGAGGCUUUAGGUGCGCGCCCUAGACGACGCAUACAACCUCCUACACGGUAUGCAGAUUAUGAGGUGGAUUAUCCAGGCUAUGGCAACCAGAGACAUAGGAUGGAAGUAGAGGCUACAUACGAAGAGGAACAGGCCAGGAAGACCUCCCUCACCCCUCCUUAAGAUUCUCUGAUGAGAAGUGGCCUCCUGUGGCGGGAUGCUUCCUCCCGAAGCUAUGGUGCUGAGGGUCAGGAGUUCAGACAGGAGAACCAGCUAGCCUCCCCGUGGCCUACACAGAGAGAAUCCAAGGUACAGUUCCAGGAGCACUCUACUCCUCUACCUGAAGCGCUGCACCACCAACCUUAUUAUGCAGAGAAUAAGGUAGAAUUGGAUGACAUACAUCAUGAGCGGCAACUCCUUCAGCAGACACAGCGUCGCAUGUCAUCGGACCUGGUUGAGCUUAGAGCUCUGCGAGAGGAUAUGAGGCAACUGGUGGAUGCUGUCAGGAACAUGCAGAGCCCUGCUUCUAUUCCUGCUACCAAGCCAGAGCCACAAGCGAUGCAGUCACCAUCAUCCACCCAAACUCAGCCUGACAGCGACGAUGAUGAUGACUGGCCGGCUCCACCCCCAUGGCCACACCCACCAGAGGGAGUACGGCAACCAGAUGACCCACCUGUGUUGUAUCAUCCUGGUCGGCUUAAAUACGAGCUCCUAUGUACCGAAGGAGGCAAGCCACAGGUGAGCCAGCCAUGGGUUCAAUAUCCAUGGCCAGAGCCUCCGCCUGCUAUGAGACCAUCAGUUGAGACUCCUCACCCAUCGACUCCAUGGUUUAGACCUGUUCAGUCUUCGCUGCCACUGCACAGAUUUCCUACCUCCAUGCCAAAGGGUUAUGGACGUAGUGGUGGCCACAGGAACGAGCCUGUGGGCAACCCAGUGCCCCCACCUUUCAGGGCAACACUUCACUCAGCUUGGACUCAAGUUACCAUGGACCGCGACCUACCAUCUGUACUUUCUCCCACCGUGACCCAAGUGAGUUUGCCCAGCUGAAGAUCUCAUUGGAGAAUCUUUUACCUCGAGAGGCAAAUGAGUUAUUUAAGUAUCAAGUGCUGGUUGAUCACUUGCAGCUGGAGGAAGCCAGGCUGAUAGCAGAUGCCUACCUGAAUUCCCCAACACCCUACUCAGACACUAUGGCUGCCCUCAAUGAUAAGUUUGGUCAACCACACCAGAUAGCACUGAAGCGGAUUGCAGCUGUGAUGGAUGCUCAAGAUGUUAGGAGAGGAGACAUCGCUGCGUUCGAGAGAUUUUCACUCCAGAUACAAUCACUGGUGGGGAUGCUGAGGACUUUAGGUCCCGAAGGAGCAGUGGAGUUGCAAUGCGGCUCCCAUGUUGCUCGCCUUCUGAGCAAGUUACCCCCAGAGCAGAGAGCAGAGUUCCGCCGUUCCAUGUUCUAUCGGGGCACACGCAAUUACACCCUGCUUGACCUGUCGGAAUGGUUACAAUACGAAUCCUGGUGUCAGGACUCGGAGGGACAGUUAGCCAUGAGAGGAAUGAAAGAGAGGUCGGUAUCCCGACCCGAUGGAUGACCACCCAAGCGUCAAAGCGCCAUAAUCCUCCAUGGUGCUAAGGAUGAGGUCAAGAAGCUGGAGGUUCCUGUCUCACCAGCCUAUAAAGGGUCUAAGAGCACACCAUUCUGUGCAUUCUGUAGCAGUGCAGAGCACCACCUCAGCCAGUGCACAGCAAUAUCCAGGUUAACAAAGGAUCAGGUUUCAGAAUGGAUAAAGACUAACAAGCGGUGUUGGCGUUGUGCGAGGUCACACCAGGCUGCUCAGUGUAACUUAAGGAAGACCUGUGCUCUUUGCCAAGGUAAACAUCUCCGGGUGCUACAUGAUGUGAAUGUGAGGCCUCUAAAGCAGUCACCGUCUACAGCGUUGCCAGAAAGUCAUGGCACAACCGAAGUACUGUACCUCGACCGACCGACCGAAGGUCGUCGUGUCCUCCUAAAGGUCGUCAAGGUGCGCCUUCAUCAUGGAGACCGAACAGUCAACACUUAUGCUGUCCUGGAUGAUGGCUCAGAAAGAACUAUGCUCCUGCCAGAUGCUGCACACCAGCUGGGUGUGCAAGGGAUCCCCGAAGACUUAUCUCUGCGCACAAUUAGACAGGACGUGCAGUCACUUCAGGGAGCCUCGGUGUCAUUCACUAUAGCUGCACCUUCCAACCCAAAGACCAAGUUCAGGAUCACUGGUGCAUUUACCACUGCCCGCAUUGGACUAGCAAGCCAUGCAUACCCCAUGGAACAGCUCCGAAGGCAUUACAAACACCUCAUCGGCCUUCCCAUACCGACCCUGACUAAUGUGAAGCCCCUGCUUCUCAUCGGGAGUGAUCACCCCCACCUCAUCACCCCCAUAGAACCUGUCAGGUUAGGACCCCCAGGAGGACCAGCUGCGGUACACACCAGAUUAGGCUGGACUCUGCAGGGACCAGCAAGUGCAGUCGGCCAUAUCUCCCAACCAUCGCAGUGCCUAUUGACCACAGUAGCACCUCAAGUGAGUGAGCUCAUGAAGCAUGUGGAGAAACUGUGGUUAGUUGAUACAGUUCCAUUCCGCAGUGAGAAGCUAGUUACCCGCUCAAAGCAGGAUACAUACGCUAUCAGGACUCUUGAGACCAAAACUGUCAGGGUAGAGGUUGACGGUGUUCACCGUUACACCACCCCUCUGCUCCGUCGUCAGGGAAUGCCACUCCUUCAGGCUACACCAAUGGCUGUCAUGCCCAGCUUACGUAGUGUAGAAAGGCGACUGGCUAGAGACCCUGCACAAGCUGAAGCCUACAGAUCGGAGAUGGAGAAACUGAUCGAGGCAGGUUCUGUAAUCAAGUGUGGUCCAGAAAUAACGGCUAAAGGAAAUGAUGAGGCAUGGUACAUCCCUCAUCAUAUCGUGAGUCAUAAUGGCAAGCUGAGGAUAGUAUUCAACUGUUCCUUUCAGCAUCAGGGCCACAACCUGAACGAUUACCUACUGCCUGGGCCAAAUUUGGGAGCCACACUUCUGGGAGUUCUGCUGCGUUUCAGGGAGCAUGCUGUCGCAAUCAGUGCAGACAUCAAAGGCAUGUUCCAUCAAGUUCGUCUUCUCCCAGAGGACCGUGCACUGCUCAGAUUUGUUUGGCGUGAUGUCAGCAAAGAAGAGUUCCCUGCAGUGUAUGAGUGGCAGGUGCUGCCAUUUGGAACAACAUGUAGCCCCUGUUGUGCUACCUUCGCUCUGCAGCGGCACGUUACUGAAAACAGUCAGCCAAAUGAAGAUGUGAGGAUCUCAAUCGAGAAAUGCUUCUACGUUGACAAUUGGCUUCAGAGUGUUCCCACCCGUGCUAUGGCAAGACACCUUGUUGACAAAUUAAGAGCCCUGUUAGCAUCUGCAGGAUUUGAACUACGCCAGUGGGCCAGCAGUGAGCCAGAGGUCAUAAGCCACCUGCCUGAAGAGAGUCGAUCUGCCAGUGUGGAGUUGUGGAUGGCUCACAGAAAGACAGAUGUCCCAGAAUCCACCCUGGGACUAAGCUGGCACUUCCAUACGGAUGUCCUUGGCUACAAGCAUCGGCAUGUGGAUUACGGUGUCCCAACAAUGCGGAACAUCUAUAAAGUACUGGCGAGUCAGUACGACCCUUUGGGAUUCAUCUUGCCCUACACCACUCGGGCCAAGGUGCUUGUCAGGCACCUUUGGGAUGCACAGCGGGGCUGGGAUGACCCCUCACUUCCCCAGGAUCUCCUAGACCAAUGGAGGAUGUGGGAGGAAGAGCUACAGGUCCUUUCACAAGUCACACUGCCACGGCCAUACCUGCCAAAGGAGGUAGACAUUUCUGGCCUCCGAAGAGAGGUGCAUAUCUUCUGUGAUGCUUCUGAGGAGGCAUAUGGCUCGGUGGCAUACCUUCGUUCCACUGACAGGCAUGGUGUCGUGCACCUGUCAUUCCUGAUGGCUCGAUCCAGAGUCUCUCCUAAGCGACUUCACUCCAUGCCCAGAUUAGAACUGUGUGCUGCACUUACGGGCGCACAGCUCGCCCAGGUCCUGGAGAAGGAACUCACCAUCACCAUUGACCAAAUAAUUCUGUGGUCUGAUUCCACAACGGUGCUGACCUGGCUGAAGUCCGAAUCCUGCCGCUUUAAAGUUUUUGUUGGCUCCCGUGUGUCAGAGAUACGGGAGUUGACCGACAGACAUACGUGGAGAUAUGUUGACUCUAUGAGAAAUCCCGCAGACGAUGUGACGCGUGGGAAAAGGCUGAAAGAGCUUGCAGAGCCAAACAGGUGGAGUCAGGGACCACCAUUUCUUCGGCUGAGUCCAGACCAGUGGCCUCAGACCGCUACUACGGAACAGCCUACAGACACAUCAGAGACGCGCAAGUCCACCUUCUGUGGUGUUGCCGCUGGUGUUCCAACCCAGCCCCCCACUGACCUGAGCCAGUACAACUCCUGGAAGGAACUACUAGCAGCAACUGUGCAGGAGUUGCACGGGGCGGCUAACAGGAGCGACCACCCUACUGCUGAGGACUACCGUCAGGCAGAGAGGUUGGUCUUACAUAGGUCUCAGAUGGACAGUUUCCAGCAGGAGUACAACCUACUCAAGGCUGGUAAAUCAGUCCCUAGAAGCAGUCGACUUCUGACCCUGUCUCCUGAGCUAGAUGGAAGUGGAGACCUCAUCCGAGUAGGAGGCCGUGCCACAGACCUGGAGGUCGCAGUGCUCCACCCCAUCAUUCUGGACCCAGGUCAUCCAGUGACUAGGCUCCUAAUCCAAGACUUCGACAGCCAGCUAUGCCACCCUGGUCCAGAGCGUGUGUUUGCAGAGCUCCGGAGAUCUUACUGGAUUCUGAGGGGGCGUGAAGCUGUCCGGUGUUAUCAAACCAGCUGUGCAGACUGUAAGCGUUGGAGAGCCAGACCUAAAGUACCAAAGAUGGCAGACCUACCUGAGGCCCGUUUGCGCCUGUUCAAACCUGCCUUCUAUUCUACAGGGAUGGACUGCUUUGGGCCAUUUGAGGUUAAGGUGGGAAGACGCUCGGAGAAAAGAUGGGGAAUCAUAUUCAAGUGCCUCACCACCAGAGCUGUACACCUAGACCUUCUUACCUCCAUUGAUUCUGAUGCCUUUCUAAUGGCUCUCCGCCGGUUCAUCGCUCGUCGAGGAACACCUGCUGAAUUGUUCUCUGACCAGGGGACAAAUUUCAUAGGAGGAGAGCGAGAACUCCGGGAGACCUUCCGAGGAAUGUCGCCGGACCUUCAACAGCUCCUAACCAAACAUAAGAUCGCCUUCCACUUCAACCCCCCAGCAGCCCCCCACUUUGGAGGAGUGUGGGAGAGAGAGAUCCGCUCUGCGAAGAGAGCCCUGUACGCCACAGUGGGUUCUCAACCUGUACCAGAAGAAGUGCUCUCCACUGUACUUACUGAAGUAGAAGGGAUCCUCAACAGUAAACCCCUGGGUUAUGUGUCUUCAGAUGCCAGCGACCCCGAUCCAGUUACCCCAAACAUCCUUCUGAUGGGGCGGCCUGAUGGUUCACUCCCUCAGGUAGUCUACCCUGAGAGUGAGCUUCUUAGUCGCCGACGCUGGAAGCACUCCCAGGUUUUGGCUGAUCACUUCUGGGCUCGUUUUAUUCGGCUGUAUGUACCAAGUCUACAAGCUCGCCAGAAGUGGCACGAUACAGCUGCUGACAUCAAAAAGGACUCUGUGGUGAUGAUCACUGACCCACACCUCCCCCGAGGCCUUUGGCCCAUUGGGAAGGUCGUCAAAGUUCAUCGCAGCGCUGAUGGACACAUUAGGUCAGCUGACGUAAAGGUUAAGUCAAGACUUUAUACCCGACCAGUUGCUAGGCUGGUAGUCCUUCCUGCGCUCCCCUCUGGGGAGGAUGAGGACAAUUCUACACCUGUAUCAGCUACUCAACCGUAGAACUUUGUGACCUACAUUAAUGUGCAAACGUAUAAGAUACAUUCGGGGGCGGCUGUAGAAAAGGCCCCAAAGUUCAUACAUGUUCACACUAUGUUACAUUUAUUUCACAUAUUCUGUGUCAUUGGGGUCUUUAAGGGGCAGGGCAUUGCCCAUGUGAAACGAGCAUGAUGAGUGAUGUCAUAUGAUGGUAUGCUGCGUGAUAGAGGAGUGAGUGAUGCAUGAGAGAGCAGUCGGGAGAGUCAGCUCGUCAGACGUGGUUGUGCGUGCAUGUAAAAAAAACCACAACCACAACUAAAGUUCCAGUGAGUAAAGUCAACGGCGUCUCUGCGCUUUUAUUCACACAGACUACAAUGGCGGACGUGGCUGGAAGAGGGGCUGGAGGAGGGGCUGCUGCUGCCAAAAGUAAAUCUCGAAUAAAACCAGAGAUUUACUCAACUAUUGAUGGCAAGAUUAUUGUGGAGGACGAGUUUCUCAAUUUUCUGGUCGUCAAAAUGAAAACUUUGUGUCAUGAUGAAAUUGUGCUGCUAGCAGUAAAUCACUUUGCGUCUGAGUGGAUUGAGAAUUCUAGAAAGGUGCUUUUUGAACUCUGCUCGGGCUCAUUGCGCUACGUUGCGCACAAAGGACAACAGAAAGACAUCAACAAUGUUAAAAGUUGUCUGAAAUUACUGAAUGAGGUUGGUGAAAAUACCCCUCGGUUCGUGUCUUAUCAUCUUGACGACU